AUGGCGGAUGACAACCAGUUUUCUUCCCGAUCGGAAAGCAAGCGUAAGUACGAUGACCAAGGCGCGUCCCCGGAGGAUGCCGUCACCCCUCCUUUCACUCGCCGCGCGACCGGUUUUUCGGCGCCAAUCGUGUCGCCGUCUUCGGUGUCUCGCGCCGCAGAGACUCCUCCAGCAUCGUACAAUAGUGUUCCCCCGCCGCUGGAUGGGUUCCAGCUUGCCAAACAGCGGGCGCAGGAGAUCGCGGCCCGGCUCUUAAGCGACGCCGAGGCUAAGCGCCCGCGUGUGGAGAACGGUGAUAAUGGGGAGGAUGCGGGCGAAAGAGGCUUCGGAUCUUCUGCGAACGGUUAGUGUCAGUAUUUCUGAUAAUUCGGGUGCUAAUUGAUCGAUGUGAUCCGUUAGUUACUCUCUAUCUGAGGUGUCUGGCUUGUUCAUGGUGUUCAUGAUGACCAAGAAUUUUGCUCUUUGGGCUUUUCUUUUUCAAUGGUUGCUUCCAUGAAAUUUUUCUGUGCUCGCCUAUUCCCUAAUCGAUUGCCGUGGUUUCUCCUGUGCGCGUGCUGUUAAUUUGUGGUUAAGCUCCUAGUUCUUGUUACUGGCUGUUUAACAUGUUAGGUUUUUUAGUGAGAAGUUAGAAGGCUUAAGCAAUAUUUGUGCUUUGAAUAUUCUUCUCGCACAUUUUUUUUCUUGAACGUGCUGCUUAGAUAAAUUUGCCUGUUACGAGCUGUUCAAUUGGAUCAUGCUUGCAACAACUAACUUUUCACAGUGUAGACUGUAUAUAUGAUACUAUUCUACGAGUCAUCCUAAGUGCUUUUCCAUAUGGCGAAUAUAUUCUGAAACAAACGAUCAUUUUAAUUUUUAUCUUCACUCCGAAGCAUAGAGCUACAUGGUGGAAUGGGUUUCUCAGAAGGAUUCUCAUUGAGAUUUUUUUUAUGUAUCUUCUAUCAGUUUCAGAUUGUUUACUCUUAUUGGGCAAUGAAAUACAUAUUUUUUGAUGUAUAAUAGAUUUUUCAUCUUAUCUUAUAGAGAUACAAACCUGUUCUGUGACGAAUACUUCCCGUUAUCAAUCCUCUAAGAGAUAGAUCCUUUUGAAUCAACAAUACAUCUAGAUCAUCUCUCCUCAUUGAAUUAAGGAUAUAGAAAUUUCUGUUAUAUUUAAGUAGUCCAAGCACUAGACAAUAUAGCUUGAUGUUAGUGGCAUUCUUUGAUUCAAAGAGUCAUCCCAUCUAACAUGAAAACGGAAAUAUUUUUUCAGGAAAAAUCUGGUCCUCCUUCCUUCCUGCUCUUGAUUUUUUUUUCCUUUAGAAGGUUUCUUUAUACUUGAUUCUGUGUAAUUUUUUCAGCAAGUCACUUUUCUGCGAUUACUUCUAAUCUAGAAUGGGCCAGUCAUUGGCUUUAGUAUCUUAUUGAACGAAAAUGAUGAUAUUGUUCUUCAAUUUAUGAAGAAUUUCGGUCUUUGAAAAGCAUCAUGAUCAUCCAUUGCGAAGGGUUGGAUUUUUUCACAUGAAAGAUUUGAACACCUAUGGAACAUAACAACUAAUUGCAAAGUUGAUCGUUUGUACCAUUCAGUUUAUAUACGUGAAUCUCGCGCCUAUGAAUACGGGUAUUUCCGAUACUCUAAGAAAAAACCGUCUUGGACAGUAAGAAACGAAGCGACUUUGAAAAAUCUUCUCUAUUGAUGGCCUUGGAAUAAUGAAUCGAAUAUUCAUUAAUCUGUAAUUGAUCAAACACUACUAUAAAACGAUUCCCUUAUUCAGAGACGAAAUGUUCCAAAAUAUUCCUGGAACUUAGUUUUCCCAUUGGGCCAUUUGUAUGUGUAGGCAUCAAGAUCCCAAUUGGUGGAUCUCUCAGUUCGAGAAAAAAGAUGAUCACGCCAUUUUGUCUGACUCUUUUUCAGAUUCGACAAAUGUUGGCUGAUCGUAUAUUUCUGUGUAGUUAUGUGAUUCUGAGGAUCAUUUCCUAUUUGGGCCUUUUGAAUUCCAUAUUCUUGGCUGCAAUCGGAUCUGUUCAGUAAAAGGAAUCAGUUCAAUAAAAUUCUUAUGUAUCGUUGGUACUAUAUUGGAUUUGAAUUAUAUUUCUGAUCAAUCAAUACAUAUCGACUGCCACCAUUAUGUUGUUGCUUAAAAUUACCACUAUUUUGAGCGUUGAUCUUCCUAAUAAUUCCUGCCACAGAUCUUGGCUCACUUUUCUCUAAUCCGUCGUAAAAAAAAGAUUAAUUCUCUUCAUAGAAAAUCAGUUGUAAAACAAAUAAAGAUUUCUUUUUCGAUUCAUCUCUGGAGUUGAAUACCCUAUUCCUGAAGUUUUUUAAUCCGUGGGAAUCAAUAAAGAUGAAAAAAUCCCUGUGAUACACAAGAUCCGGCUCGGUUAUUGAUAGAGUGAAUAGAUUUGCCAUUUCUUGAAAUCUCUCUUCCCAUUCAGAAUUGUGGUGUAACGUGUUUCCCCCUUGUUUGAGUCAUAGAACAGAUGAAAAUUAAUCCGAAAAUGGAUUUUUGUUGUAGAAUGAAAUCUUAUUGGAACUGUCCAUGCCCGGUUCAUCCUUCGGAUUUACCAUAUUUAAUGAGAUAGGAUGAAUUGAGACGUUAUUUUGAAAAUACGUAAUUACAUUGAAUACAUCGACCAUUUCUUUAUUGCCUGAUCCCUGGAAGGGACAAAAUAGACAUUUGUUUUUUAUUAAAAAAAUUAUGAUUUCCUAUGGACCACUUAGUUGGUUUUGAGCCCAGAUGAAGUUAUGAACAUUUUUCAGAGAGAAAAGAACGAGGAUUCCCAAUAAAUUAUUUGAUUUCUUCCGGAAGCAGAUGAUUAUUCAUCACCUUCUCACAGUUCGUAAAUUGGGAGGAUAUUAAAGAUGAUCCAAAAAGGCCUUUGUAUCAGUACAGUUUGUUAAAUAAUCCAGGAUUUCCAUCCAAUUUUUAUAGUCAUUUGAUUGUCUCAGUCGGAGUAUCAUAAACAUUUUGUACGAUUAUCACUAUUCAAGCUGUAGAAUUUAAUUUUUAUCUAUUUCUAUCUAAUGACAACAGACCGUUCACAUAUGCAUCAUGCUUCGGGUCAACAAAAAACGAAUUCUCAAGCCAACUCUAGUAACUCCGUGGCAUUUGCAACCCAUGGCUACGCGGGUACGAACAAAAGGAUCCAAAUUCCGAAUGGCAGGGUAUUGUAUUUUCUCGCGUAUGACAUUCUGGCUGAUUUUGGUAGCUAUUGUCUCUUCACAGCGCCAGUUAUUGACUUUUUCAGGUCGGUGUUAUUAUUGGGAGAGGUGGAGAGACCAUCAAAUAUCUUCAGCUGCAAUCAGGAGCAAAGAUUCAAGUCACGAGAGAUGCUGAUGCUGAUCCAUACUCUCAAACAAGAACUGUUGAACUUACAGGAACUGCUGAGCAGGUCAACAAGGCGGAACAGUUAGUGAAUGAUGUGCUUCAGGAGGUAUUCGAGUUUUAAGCAAAAUUUUAUAUUCAAGAUCUUUUCCUUGAUCAAUCCAUGAAAUGCAUCAUUCCCAAUGUGGGAUGCAUUAUCUCAGAGGCUGCUUUAGAUGAUUGUCCCUAGAGAUUUUGACUGAGUCACUAUGCAAAAUCUACUUGUCCAACUUUUGGUGCUCCCUUUGCAGGCCGAAGUUGGGAGUUCUGGUGCAGCUGGAGGUCGAAAGUUUGCUGGUGUGCAAGCUGGGUCUGAGCAGUUUAUAAUGAAAGUUCCAAACAACAAAGUCAGUGAUUUCAUAGAUUGUAGGGAUUCGGUUGGUUUCCCAUUUUCCACACAUUCUUAUUAUUUCAUUUGUUCGUCAUGUAGGUUGGGUUGGUUAUUGGAAAAGGUGGUGAAUCAAUAAAAAACAUGCAGGCCAAGUCAGGGGCUCGAAUUCAGGUGUGAAAAGAUUUUUUUUUCUUUUAAUGGUAAUUCCAUGUGUCUGUCUGUUGUUUUCAGUUGCCAUUGGUUUUGUCCUUCAGGUAAUACCAUUGCAUCUGCCCCCUGGUGACAACUCAGCUGAAAGAACUGUGCAGAUUGAUGGUACUAAGGAACAGAUUGAAUCUGCCAAACAAUUAGUUUAUGAAGUCAUCAGUGAGGUACAUGGGAUGCUUAUAUCACAACUGCAUCGAUGCGGUUUGCUAUCUUCUACUUGUUUUAAUAGACUUCUCAGUUCUAAAAUGGUCUGUACUAUCAUUCCUAAGCUCUUUGCGGUCGAUCUCUCUUCAGGUUACGAUCUUUUUUUAAGCUUUUCUCUUUAAAUGUUCUUCGCUUAAAGACCAGUUUUGGAAUGCUUCUAUUAAUAUUUGGUGUUCAUUGUGAAGAAAGUCUUAAGUCUCUUCUGUGCGUCAAUUACAUUAUGGCUUGUAUUUUUCUUCUAGCAAAAAAACUAUGAAGCCUCGGCCACUGGAAAGAUUACUAAUUCAAUUUGGCUACUAGAUAGAUACCUGUUUUAUUUGCAAGUACUGGGAACUGCAUUUUUCUUGGAUUCCUUUUUAUUUUAUUUUUUCUGAUUGUUGAUUUUUCCCCGAUUAGAACAUUUUAAUUUCCCUCAGUUCUAGCUUUUGACGUGUGCAAUCAGUUUCAUGCAGAGGGUUUAUUAAGUUUUGUUUGAUUAUUUUCGUCCAUGUGCAAAUAUUUGUAUACAAACUGUACGAUGUUUUUAAUGUUGACAGUUGAACUGACAUUCAAUGUUUUUUUGCCACUUGAACUGUACAUGAUUGAUAUUUCUUUCCAAAUGAACUGUUAUUUUCGUCAAAUAAGCUUGCGGUCAUUUUAUUGUACGGCCUAUGUUUAAGUUUCCUCAUCCUCAUCGUUGUUAAUAUUUAUUGUGAAACAUUAAUUGUUGAAUUCUGUAAAGUUGUAGAAUGUUUUGUUUAUGUUUUACCGCCUGUCUAGACAUAUGAAUAUACAUCUCCUAGCUCUUUCUAUAUAUGUAAACUUUUUGCAGUACACUGUUGAGGCAAACAGUUUGCAGGGCUUAAAAUUCGCUGAAUGGCUGGGUUCUUUUGUUUAUUUUCAUUUCUCCAAAUUAAGAUCCGGUAUUUACCCAGAUUUCCAAUUUUUGCUGGAAUCUUGUGGAAGUAUUUAAUGUUAGCAUCUCAUUUUAUGUAGCCUGUUUAUAGGUUCUUUCGGAAUAUUUGUUGUCGAUAUUAUGUUCUCUAAGAUAGCUGUCUUUAGUUUUCUUUGCAUUUUUUUUGGAUAUCUACGCAUGAACUUUUUAAAAUACCAAGGGCUAAUUAGGACAAAGGGGCUCCUCUCCAUUUAUAACAGUGGUGUAACUAUCUAACCGUCAUUAUAUGGUUAAUUUUCUUUAACAUCUGCUAGUAGAUCCCCAAAUAUGUAAUGCAUACUGAGUUAUGAAGGUACAGAAUAUUUCUCGUAUAUUGUGCGCAUGAGUGUUUUGAAAUCUCAAUGACACUUAGAUACGCUUAUGAUUCAAUUAUCAUCAUUCCACAUAUGUUCUGCGUUUCUGCAGUUGCCCUAAUUAGUGGUUUAAUCCAUUUUACGCUGCUGCUUAUUAUUCUUAUGUUGAAAUUGUAAAAUUAAUUCUCUUAUCACUUAAAUUUUCGAUAGAUCUGUUCUGAGGCAUGUGAGAGCUUUUUACACGAGUUUCUUUUUGGAGAAUGAUACGAUUCAUUUUCUCUCUACAACCUUGUAAAAAACUAAUUCUGUAUGGUUUUCACGUGCCCAUUUCACAAUUUUUUUGCUAUUAGGCUGUAUGGUUGGAUCUGUUUUAAGGAAAGAUUCACAGAGUAGAUGGGUAUGGCGUUUGCUCUCUGUUCUUCGGUCAUUUGUUGGAAAGAUAGCCUGAUUAAGUAUUGAAUUCAGGGUUUCCAAUCUGUUUUGAUGGUGAAUCAGUGUCUGCCCCUGAGAAAAUAGUGUACCAAUUGAGACAGUUGGAAACCAGUAAAUUUUUCUCACAGUUGGACCUUCAAUAGGAGAAAGACCGGCGGGCCGUGGGCUGAAAAGACGUCUGUUGGGAUUUAUUUCAACCCUCACCCCUUCCCUCUCACUUCCUUCCCAAUCAACACACACGGGACCACAUACAGGAGAGCUGCACAAACCUGGCUUUAGCUUUAUCCCGUUGGUAGGAUCCUUCGAAAAUCAGCUUUAACUUGCUUUUUAAGAUGUAUUUUUCCUACUCUUCUCCCUCAACCAAUCUUUUUUUGCGGGGCCAGUCAAUUUUGGCCAGCACUAUCUUACAUCAUCUUAUCAGUCUCAGUCAAAUCCUGGAUACCUGCUCAAUCUGGAUGACCGUCGUGAAGAAUUGGUAUACUGGGUUGGUCUGCUGUUAGUCCUAAAACAAAAAAAUUAUGUAGACUGGUAACAUUACAGAGUAUAUUUUUAUUCUUUACCUCAGUAUUUGGAUGCCUCCUCAAGUGCUUUGCCCAUUCUUCUGUAAAGCUUUUGACGAGCAUGUUAAAUAUUUUGUGUACCUACUUCCUAUUGCUAUCUGCCGGUUGUUCUCUGGAUGUUGCCCUAAGAUACAUUUGGUUUAUAAAUCUGAUCGUUCAUGUUUAUUUUGUGUUGUUAGUGAGAAGAAUGUCUUUUUUUUUAAUACCUGGUUAAUGCCGGUCAUUAUUUUCCAAGACCCAGUUUUUUCAAGGGAAAUUACAUAACCAUGGAAAAUAAUCCAGUCUCUGCCGACGUAUUUUUAUAAUUGUAUUAUUACUCUUGUAUUUUAGUUGAUCUUUUAGGUCAUUUUAAUUUCUUUGGUUCUCAAUUGGAAAGGGUUCAGUCUGAAACAUCUCGAUAUUUUUUAUUUAUUUCAGGCUCUCUUAAAUUUAUUAUGUAUGGCCUAAAGAUGCUUGUUCAGUAUGUCCAUAGGUGAUAUUCUGUAUCAGUACCUUACACCGUACCGUGCUCUCUUUCUGUGAUCUUUAUCCUGUUUUUAUGGUUUUUUCUAUCAUUCUAUUAGGCCCGCGGCUUCCUAGUCCUAGAUUUCCGGUGUUUGGUCUUCUGAUGAGCUGGUUAACUAAUAUCUGGAGGGAAUAUAUGAAACAUCAUUUCAUGCAUGACAGGUUCCGAAUCAGUGACUACAUCCAUCCUGUUACCGAAAAGAGUCCUGGUUAUUUAAAACGUCCUAUAUUUUGCUUGGGGGUAGAUAUUUUCCGAAUUCGGUAUAGUCAUGGUUCAAUCUCCUGUUCUCUUCUGCUAUCAGUUCUUUGCCAAUUCGGGUCCAUUUAUCCAUCAAAUCCUGGGCCCUCUGUGAAUCAACAGAAGCAUUCCAAAACUCCCCUCGUUUUACACAGCUUGUAUUUACUUCCCUCGUUUAUUUCGGGCUAAGAGGAGGACCCGGCGUCCCGCCGAUGUUGCAUGAAACAUGUCCUGCACCGCCCGUGGGUAAGUCGGUGUCCCUUUAUAGCAUGUGAAGCAGCGAAAAGAUUUGAACCCUCGAUUUCAUCUCUUCUUUCCAGUUCUAGUGAUCCUCGUGCCUUGUUAUAUAAUACUGCUCUGCUUCACACAAGUUAUCUUUUCCAUUUAUGGAUCUGUAGGCAGUUCCUCUUCCUUGAUGAAUUGCCUCUUCGCAGAAUCGGGUUAGAAAUCCGUCUGCUGGGGGAGGAUAUCCUCAGCAAGGUUACCACCACCCUCCUCAACAAGCUCCCACGGGCUGGGGCGGCGGCCCCCCCGGGCCACCACCAAUGCAGCAGUCUGGCUAUGGCUACAUGCAGCCUGGCGCAUACGCCGGCCCACCGACGCAGUAUAAUAAUGCAUCAUCCCAGCCCGCCUACCCCGGCUACCCGCCGCCGCCUGCCGCCGGCGGAUACUCCGGCUACUGGGACCAGACCUCCUCUGCCGCCGGCCAGCAGACUACGCCCAGUGCCGGGUACGACUACUACAACCAGCAACAACAGCCGCCACCACCGGCCUCCUCCGCUCCCGAUGGGGGAGCCUACGGCUACGGGCAGCCCCAGGCUUCCAACUACGGCGCGCAGGCCUCCUACAAUUCAUCAAGUUAUUCGCACCCCCAGGCCCAGGGUUACUCCCAAGAUGGUGGCUAUUCAGAUGGCUACAGCGCUCCUCCGGCGGCAGCGGCAGCGCAAGCAGGAGGCUACACUCAGCAGCAGCCAAACGGGUAUGAUCAGCACCAGAGCUACGGCUAUGGAGCGGCAUCUCACGACGGAUCCGCCGCCCCAGCUCCGGCGGGCUAUGGACACAACACGCCGCAGACUCAAGCCCCCUUUCAGCCCGGCUAUCCUCCCCCACCACCGGCCCAGUCUGGUUAUCAGCAGCAGGCUCCGGCACAGUCGGAGCAAUCCUACGGCGGCGGCGCGCCUCAAGCUCACUACCAACAGCCUUAUGGCGGGGGCGGGGGAGGCGGCGGAGGAGCUUAUCCUCAGCCACAGAGUGAAGCCGGCGGCAGUGGUCAUGGAUCGUACGACACUGCACCGGCUGUUCCCGGUGGAGCCACCAAGGCUGCUGCCCCUCAGAGUUGA